AUGAACGCUUACUUCUCUCGCGAGAAAAACCGUCCGCUGGCGGGCGUGACGCUUCGGCAAACGCCGUGGAUCGAUUUUUUGAAACGUUCCAUCGGGGGCUCUGGAUCGCUUACGUUGGUCACGUCUUUCCCUUUUUUGCCCGCCCCCGUUGUCCAGGCCAUCCGAGCCGUUGCUUCUGCUUCUGCCUCUGCCGUUGGUAGCGAUGGCCUCCAGGGAGCAUCACAAGGGGCCACAAGGAUCACUAUAGCAAUCCUUGUGACUGUCCUUGUCCUUGUCGGGCUCGGCAUAACAUACCACUGGUGGCGGCCUGCCACUCCAAUCCACAGCACAGUGAAGAGCGCAGACAUAGGGACACUCCCGAUAUCCCUCCAGCACGCACAGUGUGCAAUCGCAGCUGGGAACGUUACAGCGAGUGUACUGUCAGCUGUUGGCCAAUGGACACGCAUCAGCAUCGCCGGCCCAAGCAAGCCUGCUGCUGGCAGCUCAGUGCCACCACCUGCUGCUACUAAUGGGGCCAAGAGCCAUGCCUCUGUCCCUCCAAAAGACAGCGACAGCGACUCCUUCCGGUGCCCUGAAGCUAGCGACAUCAAGCACCGCAGUGAGUGCAAUGCCAGCUUCCUGGAGAUGAUGAGUCCUUCCAUUUUCCCGUAA